AUGGCCCCCGCCCAGCCACCCUCUUCAUCCUCUUCCGCCGCCAUCGCUGCUACCUCUUCUGCCAUCGAACCCGCAGCCAGGCGCCACGACCCGACUUCAUCCUCGCCACCCAACAACGACGACCCAGCCGCAGCCGUACCCGCCGUACACCACAUCCUCCUCCGCGAAAACGUCGUCGCUUCCACCCACCAUGUCGCCGCACGCCUGCUCGCCAUCGCAGAGAGCUUCCUCUUCCUCAGAGACGGCUCCCGCCCCCUCGACCCCAUCACCUGGGAAAACGACCUCUGCUCCGCCACCUUCUACGCUACGUUCGCACUCUGCGUAGACCCCGCCUCUCUCCGCGCACGCCGCAUCCUUGCAAAGUGCGCCCGGCUCGGCGGCUUCAACGUCGUCCUCCCCUUUUCCCCCUCGGGCUCCUCGGCUUCGGCUACCGUCACCCCUUGCCAUCUCAACUCGUCCGACCCAAACGACCGAGCCGGUGCUCAGGCCGCCAUCUACAUCCUCCAGCAGGGCCCCGCCGCCACCUACACCGACCCCGGCUGUGCCCGCGAGUACCGCGAGGCCUGCCACACGCUCGGCAGGAGCUCCGACGCCUCCCAUGCCACCAGCGCCAUCGCCUCAUCGAGCGCUCUCGGCAAGAGGAAGGCCCAAGGUACCACCUCGGACCCCGAGCCGCACCAACCGCCCCAGCUCGUCUCCAUAGAGGCCAGGUACGAGUCGCAGAUCAAGACCGACCUGGCAUUUGAGCACGCACGCUGCCACCGCCCGGCCGAGGCCGCAGCCACCUUCCGGGAAGCGUUGCAAAACGAUCCCUGGAACUGGCGCGCACUCACCGGCCUCUGCGACCUGGGCACAGACAACGCCUUCGACGGCCUCCUGUCGGUGCAGCACGUUGCAGAGAGGUACGCGGAGCGCAGCCAGGCCCUCUGCAGCCCGACCGCGGCGCCCAGCACGGUGCUGAGCGAUGGAGAAGAGUCGGCGGCCACCUCCACCACGUCUGCACGGCCGAAAGCGGGCGAGGACAAUAGCAACAAGAAGGCAAAGGUGUCGGACGAGGGAAGCUCCGACGCUCCGGAGCCCUCCAAGAUCGUCACGAGGGCGAGCUCCGUGCCUAGGCCGACCCGUGCGGCUGCUGCUGGCGCUCCUCAGGCCGCCAAGACCGCCUCGUCUUCCGGUGAUGCUCGGCGCGCCAACGGCCCGUCCUCGGACGCGGCCACCCGGCCAGGCCCCAACCCGACCAACAGCCGCGCCCUUUCCAACGCUCGCGCUAUCACCAACCAGCAGCUCGUGGCGAGCCAGGUGAGCCAGGACGAGAAGCCUGCGCUUCGCGGCGUCAGCAGGAGCAGAAUCACGCGGACGACGGCCAAUCCGGCCAUCAGUCGGUCGACGGGCAUGCAGCUGAGGAGCUCCAACGCUCGACCGGGCAUCAACGGCCGCAGCACCACCCGGUCAGCGGCGCCCAGCCAGGCCAGCAGCGUCGCGUCGGCCACGUCGACCUCGACGUCGAGAUCUGCCAACUCCAACGUCAGCUCCCACUCUGGCAUCUCGGGCAGGCGUACGCCUGCCACCUCGAACGGUACGGCCGCGGACAGCACCAGCAGCAGAUCGGUCGCUUCGGCCAGGAACGCGUCGAGCGGUGCCGCGGCCGGCAAGGCGGCGGUCCCUGCAUCGCGGACGACUGCCGCAUCUCGGUGGGCUACCCAGACGGGCAAUGCAGCAGGCGCACGGGUGCCCGCGUCGGCUGCGACGCGGAGAGCUGCGGCGGUCGAAGAGGCUGCACAGCGCGAGGCUGCACGGCUGCGAGCCGAGCUGGCCGAGCGGCAGCGGAUCGCGGCGCUCGAGACGGCCAGGGAGCUGGCCAAGUGGCUGGCCGCAGAUCUCGUCAUCUUCGGACUCCUCAAGCAGCUGGGCGAGGCCUACAGGCACUUGAGGAGGUUGGAUGGCGAGAGCGCGGUCGCCGUGCUCGUCUCCGAGCCAAGAGGCCCAGGCGCAGCAAAGGUCGCCAAGGCCAGGGAGGCGGCGACAGCGGGUGGACCAGACGCCGUCGAUACAGCCAAGGGGCUGGAAGGCUCCAUGGUGGCGACCGAAUCGCUCGCAUCCAGCUGGCGCAACACGGUCGUCUACCAGUGCCUGCUCGGUCGCGCCUACAACGAGCUGGCGCAGUACGCCAAGGCCGAGACGCACCUGGGCCUGGCGCGGAAGCUCAACCCGUACCUGCUGGCGCACAUGGACAUCUUCUCGCUCGUCCUCUUCCAGCUGAAUCGCGAGGUGGCGCUGGGCGGCCUGGCGCAGGAGAUGACGCUGAUCGAGCCGCGGUCGGCGGCGACCCAGAUUGUCGUUGGCAACGCGUUUGCGCUGCAGCGAGAGAACCAGACGGCGCUGGUGUGCUUCCAGCGUGCGGCCGCGAUGGCGCCCGACUAUGCCUACGCCUACACCUUGGCGGGGCACGAGGCGUACGAUCUGGGCCACCACGACCAGGCCAUUGCCUACUUUCGCAGCGGGAUUCGCUGUGAUCGGCGGCACUGGAACGCCUGGGCGGGGCUGGGGCGGGUGUUUUUGGCCAUCGGCGGUCACGAGCUGCCUGCGUGCCAGUCGCUGCAGCAGGCCAUUUCGAUCAACCCCAAGAACCACGUGCUGUGGGACCUGGUCGGCUGGACGUAUGCCCAGAUUGGCAAGCGACGGAGCGCGUUGGAGGCGUACGACAAGGCGAUUGCGCUGGCUCCGAGGCUGGCAGUGCUGACCUACCUGCGGCGGUCGGAGCUGCUGGCGCACGAGGGCGACGACGAGGCGGCGCAUGGGGACCUCGUCAGCGCGUUUGAGCUGGCGCCCGAGGAAGCCACGGUGCACCUGCUGCUGGCGCAGUCGUACAUGCGUAUGGGCGAUGGCAGCUUCUGCGAGCUCGAGGAGGCGGGCGGGGCGACGGGGAGCGGUGCGAGGGGCGCGGGCGCGGGGGGCGGUACGAUCAAGGCGAGCGGGCAGAUGCGGCUGCCUGCGCAGUUCCAGGCCGAGAUUACGCACCACCUCGCGGUUGCGGUGGACCUGGACCCGGGGCUGCUCAAGGUGGUCAAGGCGCUGGGCGAAGGGUGGCGGACGAACCCGGGCAACCGGAUCGCCAUGAACCCGGCGGACCUGAGCAACGCGUCGGCGUACGAGGACCGGUACAUGGACUACAGCGAUGUCUCGGGCGAGGUGCUCGAGGAUGUGGGCGAGCAAGAGGGCGGCGUCGAGGACGACGACGACGACGAUGAAGACGUGGAAGAGGUGGACGAGGAGGACGAUGGGGAGGACUACGAGGGAGAAGGCGAGCUGCUGGACGACGUCGGAGAGGCGUCUGGAGCGGCUGCUGUGGCACACCACUACCACCACCACCAUCGCUGA